AGGGCGUGGAGAAGGUGUGGCUUGGAGCAGCGGGGACACACAGGAAAUCACCGUUUCACAGCAUGGAUCUGACUCAGCGGCUGCCAUCAGAUGACGAUGAGGACGAUUUAUCCACGGAUAGAAGCCGCCCUGCGGCCAGGCUGCAUAUGUUCAGCGGAACCUACGGACCGGCACAAGACUAUGACAUUUAUCCUGGAAAGAAUAUUAUUGGCCGUCAUGCCAAAUGUGACAUCACCCUCCCGGCGCAGUCUGUGUCCAAGAAACAUGCGAUCCUAGAGGUCGAGGGAGAUCUGCACACCAUCAGCGACUGCGGCAGCCUGAACAAGACACGCCGGGGCAAGGUGGCCAUCACGCCCCACGUGCGCUAUUCCGUGGCCGACGGCGACUUUUUAAUGUUUGCAGAUGUGGCUUGUAGAUACACCAUCGUGAAAGAAGAGAAACGGAAAGAGGAAGAAGAGGAUGAUACAGCCGUGCAGACGGAAAGUGAAGAUGACUCCUUCUUGGUGCCCGGCACCCAGGCCACGUUGGCAAUUGAGAAAACCCCAGGAGCGGCUAUCCGCAGAAUAGGGCGAGGAGCGGUCCUGGCGAGGGAUUCGGGGGAGGAAGAUGAACACGAAGAGGAGGAGGAGGGUCAGAGCAGCUUGAGUGAAGGAAAAGGUGUUGGCUCAUCACGGGAUAAUUACAAGGUAUCGGCCGUUGGAACGUUCUCUUCUCCCUUCGCAGACACCUUUGUGCCAGAGAGUGAUGAGGAAGGGGACGCAUCCGUCUCCCAGUCUCGAUUGCCCUCUCUCAAUCUCCGCUGUGACAGUGACAUAGAUACCCCUACAAAGAGAGAGUCUCUCGCGCUCUCCUCCCUGAGCUUCAGCACCUCCCCAACUACCAUGGAGAAGAAGAUACCGUCAACCAGUAAAGCAGGGACCUCGAAUGGACCUGGAAGCGACGCGUCGAUGUCCAGCGCUGUUAAAGACAAAUCGCCCCUCGGCCAAAAAGAGCAAGCGCUGAUCGAGGCCGGAGAAAAGGAAACAUCUGACGUCAGGGACCCGGAGGGUAGAGGGCUUGGAACCGACUCCAGUUUGGAUGCUGCUCCGGUGGAGGAAGCUGCAGCAACGUCGAGCGUGAACCCAGACAGCAGUAAGAGUAUCAGAGACGACACGUCGGAUACUUCACAGCCUCACAGAACCAAAGGGGAAGCAGCCGGAAUGAUUUUGAAAAACGCUAACGAUGUUGAAGACGAUGAUAUUAUUUCGCCUUCGAAUAAAGACAUGGAAAAGGCUGAGUCCACAGGGGAUGUUCCAGACAGCGACGCAGACAUUGAGGACAGCGCACCAACGUCGACCACGGACGCCAAGAAGACAGGAGAAGCGUUUCACGUGGACAGCGAUACGGAUAUCGAAGACGAUGUUGCAACAACUUCCGCAGCAGGUUUGCAAGCAGGAGAAUCGGUCAAACAAGCUGGUAACGUCAAAACCACAGCGAAAGAGGAGACGGAGUUUCAUCUGAACAGCGAUACGGAUGUAGAGGAAGAAGAGGCCGUAUCCGUAAGUACUGGAAUCAAGAAGAGGAAGGCUAAAAUCACAGACAGCGAUACGGAUGUUGAUGAAGAAGAGGCUAUUUCGGUAAAUGCGGGUAUAAAGAAGAGAGAGGCGAUCAUCUCAGACAGCGAUACGGAUGUGGAGGAAGAAGAGGUUAUUUCGGUAAAUGCGGGUAUAAAGAAGAGAGAGGCCAUCGUCUCAGACAGCGAUACGGAUGUAGAGGAAGAAGAGGUUAUUUCGGUAAAUGCGGGUAUAAAGAAGAGAGAGGCCAUCGUCUCAGACAGCGAUACGGAUGUGGAGGAUGAAGAGGCCGUGUCUGUAAACGCCGGUAUCAAGAAGAGGAAGGCUAGAAUCUCAGACAGUGAUACGGAUGUUGAUGAAGAAGAGGCUAUUUCGGUAAAUGCGGGUGUUAAGAAGAGAGAGGCAAUCAUCUCAGACAGCGAUACAGACGUGGAAAGCGACCCCAAUGCCGGGGGUGAAGCAAAGAGCAAAAAAAUAAAGGCUAAACCAGACAGCAAGACAGACGCCAAAGGAAACAACGAUCGGCCUUUAAAGACUGAUGCAAAGAAAGGUUCUGUCCCAUUUAACCUGGACAGCGACCCUGACGUGGAGGACGAGGCCGGCGUCUCCCCUGCGGUGAAGAAGUCGGCUGAAAAUCUUGGAACCCACUUGGUUCAAACGAGAACAGCCAAGCCGUCUCUGGAUAUCCAAGCAGGCGGAAUGGAAGACAUCCGGACGGCGAGAGGGAACGCGGAGCAAAACGCGCUUCCCGGCUUCCACGUGGACAGUGAUACAGAUGUGGAUGAGGCUGACGAUGAGCCGGCAGAAUCCUCAACUACUGGUGAGAAAACGGGUGAAGGAGGCGGAUGUGAUACGGAGAAGAUAGAGAUUGGUGAAGUUAUUCAAACCGGCGGGACUGCUCUACAACGGGAGGACUUGCCUGCGAAAGCUGACGGGACUCGCAGCGCGGCCGCCGGCUUCCAUAUGGAUAGUGACACAGAUGUGGACGAGGACGACUCUUUGACCCCUGAGAAAUCGCAUGGAACCGAGGAUGACCAAAGCAGGGUUAAUAACGGCGACGCGGUGGGUGCUGCCGGAAGGUCUUCCGACCCCGAGGUAAAAGCGGUCCAAAGAAAUGAGGCUGACCCGACGCCGGUGAGUGCCGAGAAGAUAGCGGAGGGAACCCCAAAGACAGACUCCGAAGGUGGGGAAUACGACGCAUGCGCCACUCAAUGUUACCUGGAGGCCGAGGACACAGCUUCAGACCAGCCAGAUGAAGAUAACUGUGCAGAGGAGGCAACGCAAGCUUUUAUUUUCAGCUCCACCUGGGCUGAGGCAGACCUGUUUAAACGUCCUGCAGAUCCUAUCGGAGUCCUUCAGAUUUCACCGGUGCGCAUUAGUACUUCCGAAGAAGAGACGGACGAGAAUGUCAUGGCAGAGACGCAGCCCUACUUGUGUGAAAAUGCCCCGUCUGUUGUAGACUGCGUCCAAGAAACCGUCCAAACGGACAGCGAGUGUGCCGAGACCUCGAGGGAGACGCAACCUCUGUCUCACGGAGAUGUCUCGCAGGAUGACACUCAACCCGUCUCUCAGUAUUUGGCUGCACGACCGACUCAUGAAACGGGUACGUGGCUCCACCUGAAACGCGAGGCUCCUGCCUGUGGCGACAGCGAAGGGAGAGGAGAGGGGACGGCUCCAGAAGGUGUCACGCGGUCAGCGGCUCCAGAAGAUGUCACACGGUCAGCGGCUCCAGAAGAUGUCACACGGUCAGCGGCUCCAGAAGGUGUCACGCGGUCAGCGGCUCCAGAAGAUGUCACGCGGUCAGCGGCUCCAGAAGGUGUCACGCGGUCAGCGGCUCCAGAAGAUGUCACGCGGUCAGCGGCUCCAGAAGGUGUCACGCGGUCAGCGGCUCCAGAAGGUGUCACGCGGUCAGCGGCUCCAGAAGGUGUCACGCGGUCAGCGGCUCCAGAAGGUGUCACGCGGUCGGCGGCUCCAGAAGAUGUCACGCGGUCGGCGGCACCAGAAGAUGUCACUCAGCCUUAUACCUUGAACAUGCUGCACACAGAUGGAGAGACUACUCAGUCUUAUGCCGAGGACACGUCGGCCCUGGAAGAAGAUGUUGCUGCACCUUUUACCUUACAAGUGUCCUGCACAGAGGAUAGUGUGAAUGUGCCGGCCAGCAGCCCGGACGAUUCCAGCCGUGUAGCUGCGGCUGUCAUGGAGGGCAAUAACCUUCAACCGGAUAGAUUACAGGAGCCCACCGCUGAAGACAGCAGUCUGGGUGUGAUAUCUGAGGAGGCCUCCACUGCUUCGAAUGUAGAGAGCAAGCAGACGGUUUCAAGUGAAGGCCAGACAGGUGUCCUUGAAGUUGAAGAGAAGGAAGGGAUUGCUAGCAGUGCAGAGAUGGGAAAGACGAGAGAGACUCUGGAAGAGCCACCAGCGUCCCCGCUAUCUGGGUUAAUUGUUCAGGAACGAGGAACAUUAGAAAAAGAACGUUGUGAUUCAGUUACUCGAAGGGAAUCGGUGACGGUAGAGAAAAGGAGAACGAGGAGAAUUGUGAACGAGGAAAGCAAGAUCCAGGAAACAGUAAAGGAGGCAGACCGUGGAGUUUCAUCAAGGAGUAAGAGACGGAACAGGACGGAUAUCGAUGCCGAGCUCUUCACAUCAGGGGUCAGAGAGAAUGUCAAGAAAAAAAGAGCAACAAGGAAAAGUAAAGUGGAAAAAACUGAAGCCGAAACAACCGAAGAGGAACGUAAAGACGGGGUUAGCCCCGAACAUGAGGAACUUAGGACAGACAUAUUAAAAGAUGAGAGAUUAACUUCUGUUACUGAGAAGGAACGUUGCCUGGCUGCAGGUGAACAAAACGAGAAGAGUAUGGAGCAGCCGAGAGAGAAACAUAUUAAAUAUGACAAACAUAUUACCGCCCAGAGUCUACAUACUAACUCAGAGACGCAGAACCAUGGUGCGGAAGGGUCUGCAGGAAUCAGUUCCGUAUCCGAGGAGGCAGGAACCAGCUUUGCUUCUGAAACAGCGACCAUAGAUGAAGAAACCAGUCAACUCAGAGGUCAAAACGUAGAAUUGAUGGCGGGCGGCGUGGAGGGAAAUACGGAGGCUGAAACUGACACCAGUGAUUUGAGAAAGAAGGAAGAAGAAGAAGCGGUCUCCGGGAGGACCUCGGGAAACCGGUCUUAUGUAAAGAAGACAUUGACCAGAAGGUCCCAGGUAAAGGUCCCUGAGUCUGGAGAACAGGAGAAGGAAGAGAUGAUGCCCCCGGCUGUCCCUGUUGAAGAAGAGGUUUCUGUUAACAGACGGUCUGGAAGAGGUAAGGGAAGAGCUGCACGGAGAAAUGUGGGAGACCAGGAGCAAGUUUUAGAGACCGUGGUGCCACCCGGAAAACUGACCUCUAAAAGAAAGGCUAAGAAGACAGAGGAAGAAUUAAAUGAACAAGAGGAGACCAUACGAAAAACAGAAGAACUUCCACCCCCCAGGAGGACAAGAAGGAACUCAAAGGAGGAGGGAUCGAGGGAACGAAAGGAAGAGAAAGGGAAAUCCGAAGAACCACCACCUGUCUCUAGGAGGACAAGAAAGAAUUCAAUGGGCGAAGGAACAAGUGAACAAAAGGAAGGUAAAACAGAAGAAGAUCCAGCCAAUAAAGUCAUCUCCCGCAGGACGAGAAAGAAUUCAAGAGAAGAGGAAGACAAAUUAAAAGCAGAGCAAGAAACAACGGACCCAACAAGAAGAUCCAGGAGUGCAAAACGGGACGCAAAGGACGAGGAAGCGGGAAUAGAAGGAGAGACCUCGAGGAGGAAUAGACGGGAAUGCAAAGAAGUGGAGAAUGUCGUUCCUUCUCGGCAAAAAGCCUCCAGGAGAACGAGGAGGAAUUCAAAAGAGGAAGAAGGAAAAAUCGAGGAGAAAAAAACUGAACCAGCGAUUGUGCAAACUGCAGAAGAGCCGGAGAAAGAAGCCGCAAAACAGACCUCCCGGAGAGGAAAGACAAACUCAAGAGAAAUGAAGAGUCAGUCCAGCGAAGCAGAACAAACCCCCUCAAAGGUUACCAGCAAAGUUAGAAACCCAACAUCGAGGACGAGGCGAAAGAAGCAGGCUGAGGAUGACGAGGACCUUCAAGAAGACGAGGCGACAGAAGUAGAAAACCAACCGGCCGUCCACGAGGCAGAAACAUCAAGCGUAGCCAUUGGGAGAAGCCGACGGACCAAAGACGUUUUGCCGCCGCCGCCGAGCACGCCUGUCCCAUCGAGAAAAAGAGGACAGGGACCUAAAGAUGGCGGGGCGGAGGUGAAGAGGAAAAAAUCAGAAGAAACCGAGCAGGGCAAUGGUGGUCAGGAGCAGCCGUCACCACUUUCAAGGGGGACAAGAGGACGGCGCGUGGUGGCCGCCGUAGCUGAAGUAGACGCUGAAUACGGAAAUGACCAUGGAAAGGGCCCGUCGGUUCCUCCUCCCUCCCCUGCUGGCAGCGGCCGUCAAAAGCCGAGAGCAGCGGUGCCCGCGGAGGUCCAGACCCCGAGACGCACCAACAGAUCCUCGGCCGCGGCGGGGUCUUCCAGUCCCUGCGUCCCUCACCAGGGGGCCGUCCCCAAGGUUCUUUUCACCGGCGUUGUGGACUCUGCGGGAGAGGAGACCAUUCUCGCUCUGGGAGGCGGCAUCGCGGAGUCUGUGUUUGACUGCACUCACUUGGUAACCGACCGCGUCAGACGAACUGUCAAGUUUCUCUGCGCUCUCGCGAGGGGAGUCCCUAUCGUGACGCUGGACUGGUUAGAGAAGUGUAAGAAGAGCGGCUGCUUUCUGUCCCCGGCUGGGUUUUUGGUGAACGACAAGGAACAGGAGAAGAAUUUUGGAUUUGUGUUGUCGGAGUCGCUGCAAAAAGCAAAGCGGAGAGCUCUGUUCGAGGGUUACGAGAUCCACGUCACUGAGAACGUGAAGCCGGAGCCCGAAAACAUGAAGGACAUCAUCCGCUGCGCUGGGGCAACCUUCCUACCGAAAAUGCCCCGGACCUGCAAGGAGAAAUGUGUCAUCGUGUCGUGUCAAGAAGACGCCUCCCGCUGGAAAGCGGCUCCGUCUGCUGCCCCCGUCACCUCGGCGGAGUUUAUUCUCAGCGGGAUCCUGCGGCAGGAGGCAAACCCCACCGCGUAUCUGCUGAACCCCGGCACGAAGACCCCCGCGCCGACCCCCGCAAAGCGGAGACGCUGACCAUUCACACCCGGGGCUGUCUGCCUCGCCGGCUGCGGAAUUUGGCCUUAAAGACAGAUAACGGAGGAAUUGAAUACGUUCGGCUCGGAGCACGUUUUCCGUAUUUUA